UUUCAAAGCGUUUUUGGUAUCAUCAGCUGGGCACACUCAUACUCCUAAGGCCGAUAUCCGGAUUUCAUGGCCAUGGAUUUGGUGGACAUUGACCAGGUUCUGGACAAUCUGGAAUUACGCAUCGCUGCCGACGAGCAAUUGAGCAGAAAUGCAGCUGCAGCGGCGAUAUCCGGAGCUGCAGCUCGUCAUUUGGGCGAUGGAGCAAAUGCAGCAGUAGGCGGAGCAGGAAAACCACAAGGAUUAAGCGCAGGAGCAGGAGUACAAACCUUGCAAGGAUCUGUGAAUCCAGGACCUCCUGCAGGUGCCCCAGCUGCCAAGAGCUUUGUGGGCGUCUCGCAGGUAUUUAACAGUCUGGAUGAUUAUCGAAACAAUGUGAAAUCGCUGGAAGUGGACGCCCAGCUGCCUAGCUACGAUUGGCAAACGGCCGAGCAUGAGGAUGACCUAAACAAGUUCAGUGAGGAGCCACGGAAUAAAAUUCUUGGCGAAACCACUGUCUCCUCCUCCGAAUCGCUGACCACGUCGUCCUGCUCCACCUUCUCCUCGGGCCCGUCGCCCGUCAGCAACGGCAGCCACUCGGAGGAGCUUACAACGCCGCCGGAGAGCGAUAAGCCGAGUGCUUUGCAGGUUCUACCAUCAGCAGACGUCAGAGAGGAGGUCAAGGAGCAGGAAAACCACCAGGAACAGGCGAUAGAACAUCAGCAGCAAGAACAGGAACUGGCUACGCCAAAUAUGGAGGACCUGGCCGUGGGUUUAUCAUCCAUUUCCAUCACCGCAUCCGUCACAGAAUCGCAAUCAAUGCUGCCAGGCGAGGUUACAGCUUCGUCCGUGUUGGGUCAAGUGCUGCAGCAACUCUCUGAGGAGUCGUCGUCCACCAGAGAACCCGAAACGGAGAUGACCAAUGGCAUAGAAGUACCUGCUCCCUUGGCAGCCUCCGCUGUGCCACAGUUACCUCCGCCACAAAGGAAGGAGCAGGAGCAACAGCCACAGCAGCAACAGCAACCAGACCUCGAUGACGACGAUGAUGACCUACAGCAGCAGCCAAGACGUAGCCAACCUCUGACAUUCUGCUCCACCAUGGACGAGAUCUCCGACACCGAGCUGGACAGCAUGCUGCAGGAAAUGGAUGCGGAUGAUAACCAGGAUGGUGGCGAUCAGGAAAUGCCCGAGGAUGAGGAGAAAUCUGCCACUACAUCGCCAGUAACCGAGGAGGAGUCUGUGCGUAUACUGUCCGACGAGCAGGAGACCACCUCCAACGACCAGAUGAAUGUGGAUAACUUUUCGCAAGCCUCCACUGUGGAAUUUGCCGAUCUGAAGCCACAAGAAGCCACCCCAGUGACCGCAAUGGGCGAGGAUAUAGCCUCCAGCUUUGAUAGCACCGAAUCGGACUCCCUUUCGGGCCGGAAAUUCGACGAAGAGGAGGGACAGGAGGUGGACAAGGAGCAGGAGGAUGCCAGUCUGGCCACCGAUGCCUUGGAAACACAAGAGCAGCGUCCGCAGCGACCACAAACCCUCGACUUGAAUGGCUGCCAGGCGGGAAGCCUGACGCCCUCACAAGAGGAGACACCCGAUAAUCAAGCGGAGGAUCAUCAGCUGGCUGAAGGUGCUGAGGGAGCGGGAGCUCUGGCUGAAGCAGGCAUAGUACCCGGCGAGGAUGACGAGGAAAGUCCCAUUUACGAGGCCGUUGGCUACAGUGAUCCGCAUGCCACUGGGAAGGUGCCGCCCAUUUGGGUGCCGGACAACAUGGCCGGCCAGUGCAUGCAGUGCCAGCAGAAGUUCACCAUGAUAAAGCGACGUCAUCAUUGCGCCUGCGGCAAGGUCCUGUGCUCUGUGUGUUCGCAGCGAUUCCAUCUUGAGUUUGCCAACGAGCCUGAGUCCCGUGUUUGCGUCCAAUGCUACAUGAUUCUCUCCGAACGCCAGGCCACUGGCUCAAGUUCGGGUGUAGCCUCAGGCUCCGCACUGCCGCCGACGCCAAUGCGCUCGCCAAAUCCAAAUAAUCCCAUGGAAUACUGCUCCACAAUACCACCCCAUCGCCAGGUGGCCUCGACACCCGGUGCCCCGCCGCCCAGCGUAAUUGUACCCGUGGGUGUGCUGAAAAAAACCGAUGGCAGCUCCUCCAACUCCUCCAGUUCGGAUGGCAGGAAGGGUGCCCGCAAGCGAAAGAGCGUCAUGUUCAGCGAUGGCAUUGCACCGGGCAGUGAACUCGCCAGCACCAUGGAACAGCAAUGGGGCGAGGCUACAGGCAGACGAGGUCUUUCCCGGAGCAACUCGGGAGCUGGAUCCAGUCCGAAGCCACCGACACCGGCUACCGAAGAGCCACCAACACGCAGUAUUGACACCAGCUCAACUUUGGGCCUGGUGGCGCAACUAUUCCGCGGCUCCAUACCGCCAAGUGCAGCAGCAGCCACUCUGACGGCCACCGAAACGCCAAGUGGUAACCGCUCCUCAACCCAAGCUCAGACCUCGCCGCGUCGCAAAGCGGAACCUGUGCGCAAUCGCAAGUUGCCGCCCAAUGCGGACUCUCAAGGUUGUUAUCUGCCCGCCGAGGAGAAUGGCCUGCCACCUAUAUGCAUAAGCAGCAAGGAGGGAAACGAGGUGGACUACAAGGUGGUGCGCAACGAUGGCUCACUCCUGGAGAGAUUGCAAAACGAAACGCUCAAGUUUAUUGAAAACAACUUUUUUGUGCUGGUCAAGGUUGUGAACAUGAGCUGCUGCAUGAAUCGCUGGGUGCUGAACUUUACCACCUCGGGACUGCAUCAUAUGGGAAGCGAUGAGUUGAUCAUUCUGCUGGAGAUUAAGCCUCCAAAGCAAGGAGAAGCUGCAAAUGGUGAGGCGGCUCUGCCUAAGGAUGUAUUCCAGCAUCUGUACGAGAUCUAUGUGGAGGCGGAGCAUGCCCGUUCCAGUACCCAUGAACUGGCCUUCACCAGUCCCCGCAAUGCCAACUUGGGUUCGCGCGAGCAUGGCGGUUUCAUCUUUAUCCGGCCAACGUAUCAGUUGCAGGGCGUGAUAGUUCCCGAUAAUCCCUAUCGUGGGGUGCUUAUCCAUCGGCACGAAGUGCCCUGGGCCAAGGUGCUGCCUCUGCGGUUAAUCCUUCGUUUAGGCGCCCAAUAUCGAUACUAUCCCUGUCCCUUGAUCUCGGUACGUGGCCGGGAGUCGGUAUAUGGCGAGAUUGCUCAAACCAUUAUCAAUUUCCUGGUGGAUUUCCGUAACUAUUCCUACUCUCUGCCCGCUAUCCGGGGACUAUAUAUCCACAUGGAGGAUCGGCAGACGACAGUGAUUAUACCCAAGUAUCGACAGCAGGAUGUGAUCAAAGCUAUCAACGAUGCUAGUGAUCAUAUAUUGGCGUUUGCUGGAAACUUUUCCAAGGUGGCCGAUGGCCAUUUGGUGUGCAUGCAGAAUGUCAACGAUGAUCGAUCCGAGAUGUACUCGUACUCCACGCAGGCGAUUAAUAUCCAGGGUCAGCCAAGGAAGAUCACUGGAGCCAGUUUCUUUGUGCUAAACGAAUCCCUCAAGAGCAGCAGUGGGCUGUCGGGCAAGUGUAGCAUUGUAGAGGAUGGCCUAAUGGUGCAAAUAAUGCCCACCAAAAUGGAGGAAGUGCGUCAGGCACUGCGUAAUCAAACGGAUAUUGAUAUUGUGUGCGGGCCCAUCGAUGCCACCGAUGAUCAGAGUGAGGUUGUGAGCAUCAAAUGGGUGGACAACAAUCGGGACAUCAAUGUGGGAGUAAAGUCACCCAUUGAUGACCAGGCCAUGGAUGGCAUCUCCAAUAUGCGCGUCCAUGCCAGCUUUAACUAUUCCAAUGCCAACUAUGCUAUACGCCUGAGUGAUAUAUAUGUGGUGAAGUGCGAAGAGUGGUAUGCCACCAAUGGUGGAAACUAUGCAGAUACCCGGAUUGCUGAGCAACUUGCACGCAGCGCCUCUAUGGCACUGCUGCCAUUCCUUGAUCUUCUAGCGGCUGCUGGCAUCACUAAGCUCGGCCUGAGAGCCAGUCUCGACCAGGAGAAUGUUGGCUAUGAGGCCGGAGCAAAGGGUUCGAAGUUGCCGCCGCUGUACAUGAAUGCCUUGGACAACCAUCUGGUGGCCACGCUCCAUGGCGAAUCGUCAAACAUUCAGGAUCCCAUCAUUCUCGAGCUGGUCUUCUACAUACUGAAUGCCUGAUUUUAGUCCCACGUAGUGCAAUUCUCCUCUUAAUACGAACAAAGGAAAAAAAUGCUUACAAUAAUUAUACAAUUAAGAGUGUUCGACGACUUGGGGAAAGGAUAAUGGUUGGAUGAUCUAUAUAGUUGUAUUGUUGGAUCGCUCAGUUAACUGUGUAUAUAUUUAAGUAGCUUAUCGAUUGGUCUUUUGUCUCUCACAAUAAUCCCUCCCUCUAUACUAUAUGUGUUACCCCUGGAAUUUUAUUCGUUUUGAGUUUUCAUUGAAAGUAAAAAGUAACUAAGAAGAAAACCUAAAUAUAUAUAUUUGUAUGUGAUGUUCUUUAAUAUGCUUUACACCAUUUACCAUUCGCGUAUAUAUAGAGAUCUAUAUAUGCUAUCUAUAUACAUGUAUGAAUAACGAACUAUAUAA